UAUGCUGCUGUCACAAAAAAAAGGACUCGUAUGCCGGUAUGCCAGCGUUUUAGCGGGAGCUGCGAAAAACAAGACGGCCACACUCCACUGUCAAAUAAAUUGUUAACUUAGUUGUUUUUGACUGAAAAAAAAGACUGAUUGCUAUGGAGGAAGUUCCAAUGGAGACCAGCUCGCCGACAGAGUCCAGUUCCGAAGUCAACUUCAAUCCGGAGGAAGAGAAACCCCAAGAAAACCGAGCACCUGCCGGCGUUUGUUAUUGCGGGAAAGAACGGAAUCUCAACAUUGUUGAGCUACUUUGCGCAACCUGUUCGCGAUGGGUGCACGAGCCCUGCCUAUCCUAUCAGCUGGGGAAGGGAAAGCUCCUGCCGUUCAUAACCAACUAUGUCUUCGUAUGCAAGCUCUGCUCUGCUUCGGGCACGGAGAGUUUCCGCAAAAGCCAGGCCACCAUUUCUCAGAUGUGCCACUGUGCCAUUGCAAAUAUGCAGCAGACAGCAGCUCGGGAGGGCAAGCGUCAAAUCCAAUUCAGCAAGGACAAGGAGAUCAUCCCGUACAUUGAACAGUUUUGGGAAGCCAUGACCACAAUGCCUCGAAGACUGACCCAGUCAUGGUACAGUACAGUGCAGCGGUCACUUGUCAAGGAUGUGCAGACGCUGUUCACUUACGAGGAGCACACGGAGCAUGGGGCCAUGUACGGUUUGAUCUACCAGGACCUUCGUAUCAUUAAGCCCAAUUAUGAAAGCAUGAGCAAGAGUGGGGCGUUGAAACUGACUGACGAUGGCUACACACAAACCCUCUCCAAGAACAACAGACAGAAGCGCAAGUUCCCAGGCACUGAUUCGGGUCCCACGGGAAAGAAGGGUCGCCCCAGCUCAGAUAUCACCGCCAAUGUCAAGUUGCCGCCGCAUGGCUAUCCCCUAGAGCAUCCAUUCAACAAGGACGGUUACAGGUAUAUACUGGCGGAGCCCGAUCCCCAUGCUCCGUUCCGGCAGGAGUUCGACGAGAGUUCUGACUGGGCCGGUAAGCCCAUUCCGGGAUGGUUGUACCGGACCCUAGUGCCCCAUUCCGUGCUCCUGGCCCUGCAUGAUCGGGCACCGCAACUGAAGAUCAGCGAAGAUAGGUUGGCUGUGACAGGAGAAAGAGGCUACUGCAUGGUCCGUGCCACACACUCUGUGAACCGGGGAUGCUGGUACUACGAGAUAACCAUCGAAGAAAUGCCGGAGGGGGCUGCGACACGACUUGGAUGGGGCAGGGAAUACGGAAACUUGCAGGCUCCCCUGGGGUACGACAAAUUCGGCUACUCCUGGCGUUCGCGGAAGGGAACCAAGUUCACCGAAAGUCAUGGCAAGCACUACAGCGAUGCCUAUGUUGAGGGGGACACCCUUGGAUUUCUCAUCCAGCUGCCGGAAGAAAAGGGACGCGAUUAUCUGCCCAAUACUUUUAAGGAUCGUCCACUGGUGAAGUUUAAGUCGCAUCUGUACUAUGAAGACAAGGACAAGGUUAACGAGACUCUUAAGAAUAUGCAUAUUCUGUCGGGCAGUCGCAUCGAGUUCUUUAAAAACGGCCAGUCCCAGGGAGUGGCUUUUGAGGACAUUUAUGCCGGCAGCUACUUUCCAGCGAUUUCCAUCCACAAAAGUGCCACGGUCAGCGUAAACUUCGGACCCGCCUUUAAAUAUCCCGAAGUUCUUGCUGAACAGAAAGCCAAGGGGAUGCAUGAUCGCGUAGAGGAGCUAAUAACGGAGCAGUGCCUGGCGGACACCCUUUACCUCACAGAGCAUGAUGGACGUCUGCGUCUCGACAACAUGGGGGUUUAGAGUCUGACAGGGCGGACAAAUACUAUUUUAAUUAUAAGAUUAUUUUUAAUAAUUGGAUUACUGUCGUAUCCGGAGCUAAGCACGGAUUAUUUUAGAAAUACAACGUGAACCUUAAA